ACCCCAUCAUCUUCAUGCUGCUCACAGCUCGCCAGCGUUGUUCAAUCACAGCCUCAAUGCCUGUGCUUGGUGCUCAAUGGUGGUGGUGCGACGUUAGGUAUCAAUGUAAACCAAACUCUUGCUCUAGCUCUCCCUGGUGCCUGUUAUGUGCAAACUCCAUUAGCUAGCCAGUGUAACGCUGCCAGUGGACCUACAACUUCAGCAACUUCCCCAGGGAGCUCACCAGCAGAUUCUUCAGAUGACACUCCUGAAGUUCCAACCACACCAUCAGAGUCAGCCAUCCCUUCAGGAGCAGGGUCUAAAACAGUUACAUCAACAGAUGGGAGCUCAUCUGAUGGAGGAAUCAUGGAUUCACCUCUCCAUUUUGUAGUUCUUCUCUUCAUCACAUCAUGUGUUUCAACAUUUACCGGAUUCUGAGCUUUCUGUAGAGUUCUGGGGCUUGCUAUAGGAAUUGAAAAUGGUAUCUUUUUGUACUGGAAUAAUGCUGAUUUGCGUUAGUUUUUCUGAGUGUUUAAUACAAUAAUGAGGGGAUUUCUCUGUCUUUUUUA